AUGCAAUACCUGAGUUUUGGCAUCAAUGCAUUAUCAAGGACACUUCCAAAGGAACUUGGAAAUCUUACGGAGUUAUCGUCAUUAUCUUUUUCAACUAACAACUUCACCGGUUCUCUCCCAUCGGAGCUUGGGAAUUUAGUGAAAUUACAACAGCUGUGGGCAUCAGACACUGAACUCACAGGCAAGAUACCUGACUUCAUAGGGAAUUGGUCAAAGCUUAAUACCUUGGUGCUGAGAAAUAAUAAUAUCCCUGAUUCAAUUCCAUUCAAUAUAGGAGAAUACCAACAGUUAUUGAUUCCAGACUUGCUUUUCAAUUUGAGUUCACUCUCUUUCUUGUUUCUUGGAAAUAACAAGUUAAGUGGCACUGUGCCUACACAAAAAAGCACUUCUCUUCUCAAUCGUGAUUUGUCUUACAAUAAUUUAGAGGGAAGCUUUCCUUUGUGGGUCAGCGAACAAAAUUUACAACUAUAUAUCUUAUGUUGUAUACUAUGCAGUAAUUUAGUUGCCAACAAUUUCUCAAUAGACAAUUCUAACAACAGUGUUCUGCCUUUAGGACUGAACUGUCUUCAAUGGGGUUUUCCUUGCAAUCAAGGCACUGGAAUAAAUUCUGGUCUUGCAAUUAAGUGUGGUGGUCCUCAUAUUACUGCUUCUAAUGGAAUUGUGUAUGAGAGGGAUAAUGAGACACUUGGUCCAGCUGCAUAUUAUGUGAUUAACACAAACAGGUGGGCUGUUAGCAAUGUUGGAUAUUCUUUUGGGACCAAUAAUGCUCAAUAUACAAGUUCUUCGUUAUCUCAAUUCACAAAUGCUUUAGAAUCAGAGUUGUUCCAAACAGCUCGACUCUCUGCUUCGUCAUUAAGAUACUAUGGCCUAGAGCUUGAGAAUGGAACCUACACUGUGAACCUCCAGUUUGCAAAAACAACUUUUCUGAACUCUGAUGUGUGGCAAAAUCUUGGGAGGUGUGUCUUUGAUGUUUACAUUCAGGGGAAUCUUUUUUUGAAGGAUUUUGACAUACGAAAGGAUGCCGGUGGUUUAUCUUUAGUAGCUGUUCAGAAGGAACUGAAAAAUGUUCAGGUAUCACAAAACUACCUUGAAAUCCAUCUCUUUUGGGCUGGAAAAGGGACUUGCUGUGUAACUGCUCAAAGUAUUUAUGGGCCUUCUAUUUCAGCUAUCAGUGCUACCCCAGAAUUUCCAGUUACACCCACUGUUAGUAGAGGACCUCCAAGCAGCAACAAGAAUAGCACUGGUCUGAUUGUAGGUCUCAUUGUUGGUGUUGGAGUUUUGAGCUUUGUUUCUAUUUCCGUGGUUUUCUAUAUUGUUCGAAGAAGAAAACUGCUAACCAAUGAUGAUGAAGGCAUGUUUAUGGGAACACUUUAUGAUGGGAGAGUAGUUGCUGUGAAGCAAAUUUCUGUAACAUCACACCAAGGAAAGAACCAAUUCAUAGCUGAGAUUGCUACUAUAUCCGCUCUGCAACAUCGUAACCUUGUGAAGUUGCAUGGAUGUUGCAUUGAGGGAUAUAAACGACUCCUUGUGUAUGAGUUUCUAGAGAAUAAAAGUCUUGAUCAAGCAUUAUUUGGAAAUAGAACUUUGAAUCUCAAUUGGUCAGCACGCUUAGAUAUACAAGAGGUUUAUCUUAUCUUCAUGAGGAGUCAUGGCUUCAAAUUUGGGUAUCUUGCACCAGAGUAUGCCAUGCGUGGGCACCUUACAGAGAAGGGUGAUGUGUUUGCCUUUGGUAUUGUGGCUCUUGAGAUUGUUAGUGGGAGGCCAAAUGCUAACUCAAGCCUGGAAGAAGAAAAGAUAUAUCUGCUUGAAUGGAUAUGGACAGCCUGGCAGUUACAUGAAAACAACCGUGAAAUAGACCAUGUGGACUCUACAUUAUCAAAAUUUGAUGAGAAAGAAGUAAAACAGCUGAUAUGA